CAAAAACCAGUUGCCCACCAUGCCGCCGCCAAAAUCCAAGGGAGGAAAAAUGCUCGGUCUCAUCAAUUGGAGACUCAAAGUGACGAUCAACGACGGUCGCGCAUUCGUCGGGCAGAUGCUGGCUUUUGACCGUCACAUGAACCUCGUCCUCGCCGAGUGCGAGGAGUUCCGCCGCGUACGGCCAAAGAAGAAGACUGGCGAGACGGAGGCAGGCCCUGUGCAGGAGAUGAAACGCACACUCGGCCUCGUGAUCCUGCGCGGCGAGACGGUGGUCAGUCUGUCCGUGGAGGGCCCGCCGCCCGUUGUGGAUGACGAUAAGAAGAACAUGCUUCCUAUCGGACCUGGUCGAGGAAUGCCCGCGGGUCGUGGUAUGGGAAUGAUGCCCCCAAUGGGCGCACCAGCUCUACAGCGUCCGCCUAUGCCGUUCGGCGCCCCAGGUAUGCCUCCGCCCGGUUUCCGCCCUCCUGGCUUCCCAGGGGGACCUCCGGGCAUGCCGCCGUUUGCCCCUCCUCCGGGCUUUGGUGGUCCUCCACCUGGCUUCCAACCCCCGCAAUGAGUGUAUUGUCUGCAAGCUCUUGUAUUUGUUUCACUUUCCUUUCUCAUCACUGAUGCUCAAGCAAGAAGUGCUGCCGCAGCCCUGUCUCGGUAUGUGUAGAAUGUGUGGUAUGCGAAGAGUGUUGGAAUCUGAGGUCUCACUAAAAUUGUGCCGGCGCUUCGGCGAGGGAAAAGGUUUGUAUAUACGCGGUUCCUGAGCGGACAUACGCUGCGUGUCCUCGAACUCGUGGUAUGUUACUAU